GUCCCCCCUCUUCAAGAAGUCCUCCUGGCGGGGCUCGGGGUCGUGGGGGCUGGGGAGAUGAACGCUGCAGCCAGCAGCUACCCCAUGGCCUCCCUGUACGUGGGUGACCUGCAUUCGGACGUCACGGAGGCCAUGCUGUACGAAAAGUUCAGUCCUGCCGGGCCUGUGCUGUCUAUCCGGGUCUGCCGCGACAUGAUCACCCGCCGCUCCCUGGGCUAUGCCUACGUCAACUUCCAGCAGCCUGCUGACGCUGAACGGGCCUUGGAUACCAUGAACUUCGAUGUGAUUAAAGGGAAGCCAAUUCGUAUCAUGUGGUCUCAGAGGGAUCCCUCUUUGAGGAAGUCCGGCGUGGGAAAUGUCUUCAUUAAGAACCUGGACAAAUCUAUAGAUAACAAGGCACUUUAUGAUACUUUCUCUGCUUUUGGAAACAUUCUGUCCUGCAAGGUGGUGUGCGAUGAGAACGGCUCUAAGGGUUAUGCCUUUGUCCACUUCGAGACCCAAGAGGCUGCCGACAAGGCUAUCGAGAAGAUGAAUGGCAUGCUCCUCAAUGACCGCAAAGUGUUUGUAGGCAGAUUUAAAUCUCGAAAAGAGCGUGAAGCAGAGCUUGGUGCCAAGGCCAAGGAAUUCACCAACGUUUAUAUCAAGAACUUUGGGGAAGAGGUGGAUGAUGAAAGUCUGAAAGAGCUAUUCAGCCAGUUUGGUAAGACCCUAAGUGUCAAGGUGAUGAGAGAUCCCAGUGGGAAAUCCAAAGGCUUUGGCUUUGUGAGUUACGAAAAACACGAGGAUGCCAAUAAGGCGGUGGAAGAGAUGAACGGAAAAGAAAUCAGUGGCAAAGUCAUAUUUGUAGGCCGUGCACAAAAGAAAGUUGAACGGCAGGCUGAGUUAAAAAGAAAAUUUGAACAGCUGAAACAAGAGAGAAUUAGUCGAUACCAGGGGGUCAAUCUAUAUAUUAAGAACUUGGAUGACACCAUCGAUGAUGAAAAGCUAAGGAAAGAAUUUUCUCCUUUUGGAUCCAUCACCAGUGCAAAGGUAAUGCUGGAGGAUGGGAGAAGCAAAGGAUUUGGCUUUGUCUGCUUCUCCUCUCCUGAAGAGGCAACCAAAGCAGUCACUGAGAUGAAUGGCCGUAUCGUGGGCUCUAAGCCCCUGUAUGUUGCGCUGGCCCAGAGGAAGGAGGAGCGAAAGGCUCACCUGACCAACCAGUACAUGCAGCGAGUGGCCGGCAUGAGAGCACUCCCUGCCAAUGCCAUCUUAAACCAGUUCCAGCCUGCAGCUGGGGGCUACUUUGUGCCAGCUGUUCCACAGGCUCAGGGAAGACCUCCGUAUUACACACCUAACCAGCUGGCACAGAUGAGGCCUAAUCCACGCUGGCAGCAAGGUGGGAGACCUCAAGGCUUCCAAGGCAUGCCAAGUGCUAUACGCCAGUCUGGGCCUCGUCCAACUCUUCGCCACCUGGCUCCAACUGGUAAUGCUCCGGCCUCUCGUGGCCUCCCUACUACCGCUCAGAGAGUCGGGUCUGAGUGCCCGGACCGCUUGGCUAUGGACUUUGGUGGGGCUGGUGCCGCCCAGCAAGGGCUGACUGACAGCUGCCAGUCUGGAGGCGUCCCCACAGCUGUGCAGAACUUAGCCCCUCGUGCUGCUGUAGCUGCUACUGCCCCUCGAGCUGUAACACCAUACAAAUAUGCCUCCAGCGUCCGCAGCCCCCACCCUGCCUUGCAGCCUUUGCAGGCGCCCCAGCCCGCGGUGCACGUGCAAGGCCAGGAGCCCCUCACAGCCUCCAUGUUGGCAGCAGCGCCUCCCCAGGAGCAGAAGCAGAUGCUGGGAGAACGUCUGUUCCCGCUCAUCCAGACGAUGCACUCAAACCUGGCGGGCAAAAUCACAGGCAUGCUGCUGGAGAUCGACAACUCGGAGCUGCUGCACAUGCUGGAGUCGCCCGAGUCUCUCCGGUCCAAGGUGGAUGAAGCUGUGGCCGUUCUACAGGCCCAUCAUGCCAAGAAAGAAGCUGCCCAGAAGGUGGGCACUGUGGCUGCUGCUACCUCCUAGACCCAGGAAAACAACCAUCCAAAAGCCAAAUAACCCCUCACAGAAUUCAGCUCAAGGUUUGAAGCUCGUCCUAUGGACCUCAACACCAAGAACCACAAUCACAAAUUUAAUAGGUCAUUUUGUAUCAAAAGGUCAAAUAUGAAGCGCCUAGAAUUUUUCAAUUAAAAGAAUAUAUUUUCUGGGUUCUGUUCUGACCCAGAUAGUGUUAACUUUUUUUUCUAUUGUGGGUUUUGAGUUCUCCCCCCAGAGAUUGGUUUUAUUUGAUGUAACCAAGUCUUAAGUUUCUCAAUAAAGAAGAAAAACCUCCAUAGAA